AUGUGCCCAAAUCUUAUCUAUGAAGACAUCCAGCAGUCCAAUACCUUCAUCAAUCCAUAUGAAGAUUUUUGCUAUGAAGGAGAAAUAAAAUGCGACUACUGCAUUCCAACUCCAGAUCUUAUUGCCAGUCUUUCUUCCUUUUGCGUUCCACCUCCAACAAAUGAAACCACUGGUAAAUACUCAUACACUCUUAAAAGUGGCCAGAAACUUGAAUUGGAUCAUCCUUUGCCACCAGGAUUCCCAAUUGAUUUAAUUCCAAGUGACGAAGAAGAACAUGCAAAUAAUGGAUCAGAGGAUAGUUGCAUAUCAAUUAAGCAUUUAUUAUUAUAUGGCACUGCCUGCAUAUGCCCGAUUUCCGGUAUAAUAAUGUACGCAGUUCUCCAUAAACGUAACCCAAAGUUAGCAAAUCGUAUCCGUAAGCUUACACUUACAUCAUUUAUUGCAAUAGGAUCCUUCCUUCUCUUAUUAUUAUAA